UGAUUAAUUUGAAGUUCGCAAAAAUUGAAAUUAAUAGUAAUAAUAUAGUUAAUCGACAAAACAAAUUGCAACAUUUGGUCAAUAACAUCAACAGCAAGCAACGUCAACCAAACAAAUCGCAGCAUCUAACAAUUGACAUUAGCUAGACCAACUUGACCAUUAACAAUCACUAUUUACACCAUCUUUAGUAUUUACAAUUUAUCAUCAAAAAUCAAGUGUUUUGUUUUCCGUGUGUCUCCUUUAUCUUUAUCUUUAUUUAUCUCUCUCUGUGCUGUGUAUCCGUGUGUGUGUGUCACUACACAAUAAGGUUACUUUAACCUGGCUUCUCGACCGACAUUUAUAGAAAUGGAUGAUCUUCGACUUUCGGAGACAGCUUAUCUCAAUGUUCCAGAGCGUGAUAAAAGUCCUUCUCCGGCUGAUUCAGUUGCAUCCUCCAUUAGUGAUAUAUCCACUUUACCCAUAACUGGAAGAAGAAAGGAACAUGGGGGUGUUACAAGUCGUCUUCUGUUUGCAAUAGCUGCCGGUGCCAUCGGCUCAUCAUUUCAACAUGGUUAUAAUACUGGUGUAACAAAUAUUCCUCAAAAACAAAUCGAAGCUUGGAUCAAUGAGACUUAUGCUCGUCGUUUUGCUGAGAACCCUGACCAGCAAACAAUCUCUCUAAUCUUCUCUUUACUAGCAUCAAUCUAUUGUGUUGGUGGAAUGGUUGGUGCUCUAUCAACUGCUUAUUUUGCUACCAAAUUCGGACGUAAAGGAGGUUUACUUGUCAAUAAUGUUUUUCUUGUUAUCGGAAUUAUUUUAAAUGUUCUUGCAAAACCUGUUGGCUUUUAUGAGCUAUUAGUUAUUGGACGAUUCUUCGUCGGAAUCAACUCUGGUAUGGCAGCCGGUUUAACGCCCAUGUAUCUAACGGAAAUAUCACCGACUAAUUUAAGGGGCGCUGUAGGCACAAUGUACCAACUGAUUCUUGUAAUUUCCAUUUUGAUCUCAAAUGUCCUUGGAUUUGAAAAUUUUCUCGGAUCGCCAACACUAUGGCCAUAUCUGUUCGCCAUUCCCUUGAUUCCUAUGAUUUUCAUGUUUGCAACACUUCCUCUCUGCCCGGAAUCACCAAAACAUUUAUUGAUUGUCCAGGGGCGAGAAGGAUUAGCAGCCAGCGGUUUAUCAUGGCUUCGAGGAUCACUUGAGAUUCACGAUGAACUCGAAGAAAUAAGACAAGAGGCUGCUUCAAUGUCAUUAGUCCCCAAAGUAUCAUUUAUGGAUAUGUGGCGUAAUCCAAUCUACCGUCAACCCAUGUUUAUUUCAGUUGUAGUCAUGUUGAGUCAACAAUUUUCCGGUAUCAACGCUGUAAUCUUCUAUUCAACCCAAAUCUUCCGUGAUGCUGGACUCGAGGGAAUGAAAGCAAUUUACGCAACUCUUGGAAUGAGUGUAAUCAAUACUGCCAUGACAAUUGUUUCUCUUAUUCUCGUUGAACGAGCUGGACGAAAAACCCUUCAUCUUGGCGGUCUCAUUGGUAUGCUGUUCACCACCAUCAUCUUAUGUGUCUCCAUCAACAAUAAAGGAUCGUCUUUCUGGGAGUUUGUUAGCGUUAUCAUGGUUCUCACUUUUGUGAUAAUGUUCGCUACAGGACCUGGUUCAAUCCCUUGGUUCCUUGUUGGUGAACUUUUCGGCUCAUCAGCUCGUGGUAUGGCAACUAGUAUUGCAGUCUGUGUUAAUUGGGCAGCUAACUUUAUAGUCACUGUCGGCUUCUUACCACUAAGUAAUCUCAUGGGAGCUUAUGUGUUCUUGAUUUUCACCGUUUUAUUAGCAAUCUUUUCAGUAUACACUUACUUUAAGGUGCCUGAGACAAAAGGCAAAUCAGCGGAAGAAAUUGCAGCCUUGUUCCGUCAAAAGUCAUACCAGUAGUAAUAAAAAAAACUAACCAAGCAGCAAGUUUGAGGUGUUUUAAAUACAACAUAAACAUUUAACAAGAACAUUAAACAUUGUAAAUUAUUUUAUCUUCUAAAGAGUAACACAAAGAGUCAUUUUUUUGGAA